AUGCGGAUACAUAGUAGAUCUUGUGAUAUACAAAUUCUAAUUUGGAAAGAUUGUGUUCUUCCUAAUUCUCGGGGAACUUCUUGUUCAUUUUGCAAUUUCUGUCAUGGGAGAAGUAGUUACACUUAUCACCUUCACAAGGCCCUUGUGGAUGCCAAUAUCACCACUUUCUUGGAUGAUGAAGAGAUUGCAACCGGGGAAGAUUUCAAACCAGAAUUGGAGAGUGCGAUUAAAGCUUCUAGGGCUUCUGUCAUCAUAUUGUCAAAAAAUUUUGCUACUUCAACAUGGUGCCUUGAUGAAUUGGUACUGAUCCUUGAGCAACGCAUGACAUGCAACCAUAUUGUUAUCCCUACCUUUUAUCAUGUCCAGCCUACCCAUGUCAGGAAGAAACACAGUAUCUUUGGAGAUGCAAUGGCUAAUUAUAAACAAAUGAUGGAGGCAGAGAAAAUGCAAAUAAAAGAAGUCAACAUGCUCUAA